CGGAUAACAGCAAAACUUAAGUCUGCAAAAUAGGUCGCAAAAUCGCAAAAUAGCCAUUACCUUAGCAGUUAAAAAUAGAAACAACAAAAUGGCGCACUGGUUUCACAGAAAUCCCAUCAAGGCAUCAGCUCCCGUUACUUUUGAGUCAAUUCGAAAUGUGGCAACCACUUCUUCUUCAUCUAAAAUGUUGUCGGAAUUGAAGCUUGCAAGAUCAAAGUUGCUAAAUUCUUUAACAGAUCCUGCAAAUGACCCAAAAUCAAUCCAGCAGACAGCUGAGCUCUAUUGGUCGCUUCUUCAUGGCCUCGUUAAUGAUCCUGCUGCUGGGUCAGGUGACAGCAAGCUUCGCAAGCUAGUCAUGUUCAAGUGGACUAACUCUAUUUGUGGUAAUACGCCAACGUGUGCCGCUGACGGUGUGUUUGAGCUCACAUCCAUCUGUAUGAAUGUUGCUAUCUGGUAUACAAAGUAUGCUGCUAAACUGGCAGCGAAAGGAGAGGUUAGCAUGGAUGAAGCUAAGGAAGUCCACACCAGCUUAAGAACUGCUGCAGGGAUUUUCAAAUUUGUCAAGGAGAGUCUGAUGCCCCGUCUUGGUGAAUUAUCAGCUGAAAAGGGUGCUGAUACUGAUCAGCGAGUGUUGGAGGCAUACCAGAUGCAGUGCGUGGCUGAAGCUCAGGAAGUUACUGUGGCUCGAGCAGUAGAGCUCAAACAUAAAGCAUCACUGAUCUCUGGACUCACCUAUGAGACAUCAAAACUCUUUAAUGCUGCAAGUGAUUCUUUGAAGUCAGUGGAGCCAGCAAAAGCUGGGAAAUGGAAAAAAUACUUGGACUUGAAGGCUGCAUUUUAUCAGUCCUAUGCAUAUUGUUUUUGUGGAGAAACUCUUCUUGAUGAGGAUCAAUGUGGAAAAGCAAUCCGAGCAUUACAAGAAAGCGAUAAAUUGUAUAAGAAGGCAGAAGCUAUUUCCCGGGAGUACUCCAGUACUAGAGGGCCUGGCACGACUGCCCGACCAUGGCAGCACCCUUUCUUUCUAAAACUUGGACCUAUAAUUAAAAAAAAGUUGGAGAAAGCUAACCAUGAGAACGGAUUCAUGUAAGGACAUAAG